AUGGAGCCAAAUAGCGACCCACCACCAUUCUGGCCACCGUCGCCACCCAUCCACCGCCGUAGAUCCUACUCUCCGCCCUUCAUUUCUUUGCCGGUUUUGAUUAUUCUCUUACCCACGCUAGCUUUGAUUCUCUUGUUCUUUGCAAUCCGUCCGCUUCUUUCACUCAUCAAUCAAGUUUACAAACCCAGUUCUGUGAAGAAAAGCUGGGAUUCCUUCAAUGUUUUCCUUGUUCUCUUUGCGAUUAUCUGCGGCAUUUUCUCUAGACGAAACGACGACGUUCCGACUACCGCCGACGGAGAUACCCGUGGUUCUGAUCAAAUGACGGUUGUUGAUACUGGUGGAGUUAAGGUGAACGGAGACUCGGAGUCAUCGCAGCAGUGGUUCGGAUUUUCGGAGAGGAGAUUUUCCGAUCCGACGGGGAGAGCGCCGGUGACGACGAGAUUGAGGAGGAAUAGCUCUUAUCCAGAUCUGCGGCAGGAAUCGCUAUGGGGGAAUGGUGACGAUAGUAACAAUCAGUUCCGAUUCUUUGAUGAUUUUGAAAUAAACAAGUUUCGUUCGCGAUCCUUCGUGUAUCGAACGCGAGGAAAUGAAAGAGAAGAAUCUCCGGCGAUUCCGGUUGAUUCGUUUGUGGUGAAUUCCUCGCCGGCGCCUGAGAAGAUGAAGUCUCAGUCUCCCAAUCCUCCGCCUCCACCACCGCCGCCACUGCCGGUAACUCAGAGGAAACCGAGACGGACGUAUCAAAAUAUUCAGAAAAAGGAGGAAAUUCCUGAGAAUAAAGCCGAAUUCACGCCGCCGCCUCCACCGCCACUUCCGCCGCGAACAGUUAUCCCACCGUCGCCGGUUCGUGUUCGAUUGGAGGAGAAAUUUGGAAAGAGUGUACGGAAGAAGACGAAUGUUAAGAAAGAAAUAGCAAUGGCGUUGGCUUCACUAGUUCACUCCGAAUCUCCCCCACCGCCGCCUCCACCACCACCGCCUGUCCCAUCAUCAUCCCGUUCAACAAAGAAGAAAAUCCAGAUCCCGCGUCCACCUUCACCACCGCCACCUCCACCUCCACCAGCACAGCAGCGAAACUCCACCACUAAUCGCCGACCACCUCUACCAACGAGCGUCCGUAAUUCCUACAUCGAAAACCCCAGCAUUAACAGCCGAGAAAAGAGUCUCACACCAACUAUUCCACCGCCUCCGCCGCCUCCUCCUUCGUUCAAAACGACGACAGACGUGAAAUCCACAGUUGGAAGCGACACUGUCGGGUCACGAAGCUCCGAAACAUCUCGUUGCGGAUCUCCGGAUCCGGAAAACGUGAAUACGUCGGCCAGCGGUGGGGCCGGAGUGGGGUCGGUGUUCUGUCCCAGCCCGGACGUUAACGUAAAAGCUGCAAAUUUCAUCGCGAGGUUGAGAGGUGAAUGGAGGCUGGAGAAGAUGAAUUCGGUUAGAGAGAAAGAAAGACUGGGCCAAGGCCCAAAUUAUGAGAUAACGACGGGCCUUGGCCCAAAUGUUUAA